GCGGGGACGGAGGAGGAGGAGGCGGGGAGGGCGGGGGCGCCUCUUCCCGGCCCGCCGCCGCCGCCGCCACCUCGGAGCCGCGGUCCGCCGCCGUCGGGGGUCUCGCGAUGGGCAGCACCGCCGUGGACCUGGAGAAGCACGGCCUGGCGCUGCUGGCCGCCAAGAGCGACGUGGUGAACGGCCGAGCGGCCGCCAGCUGGGCCCUCUUUGCCUACCAAAAUGCCAAUGAGCUGAAGCUGCUGGACUCAGGGGGAGGAGGCCCUGAUGAACUGGCCAAGCGCUUCCAAAGCGGGCGCAUCAUGUAUGGGCUGUGCCGCCUGUCUGAGCCCACCACAGGGGUGCCACGCGUGGUCCUGAUCCACUGGGUUGGUGAGAAAGUCCUGGACUCGCGCCAAGAAGCUUGCGCUGGGCACCUGCCGGCCAUCCGGGCCUUCUUCAAGGAAGCCCACCUGGUGCUGAAGGCCAGCCGGGCGGAGGAGGUGACCCAGGGAGGGCUGACCCGCCAGCUGUCCCUGGUGGCCCCGCCAGAACAGCCCCCCCCAGCAGCUUCCGUCCCCAAGGAGGUCCUGAGUAGGGACCCUGAGGAACUGGUGGGGACCAACUACCGGAAGACGAACCCCGCCCUGGAGAUCCUGCACACCAAGAGGAGCUCCUUCUGGGCACAGGCGGAGAGGGAAGAGGAGGAGCGGCGCCAGGAGGAGAGGAGGCGAGCCCAGGAGGAGAAGCAGCGCUGGGAGCACCUGCGCAUGGAGGAGGAGCGGAGGGAAGCAGCCGAGCGGGAGCGCCGGGUGCAAGAGAGGGAGAGGCUCGUGCAGGAGCAGAGGAAGCAGCAGGCCCAGCGGGAAGCAGAAGAGCACCGGUGGGAAGAAGCCCGACGGAGGGAGCAAGCAAGGGCCCUGGCCGGGACGAGUCCUCAGAGCCGGGCCAGCAAGACGGACCCGGGGGUGGCAGGGCCAGGCUCACACCAGCCACCCAGGGGCUUCUUCCAGGCGAGAGAGCGACGGCACUCCUCCACCUCCGGAGAAACGGGGCCAGGAGUGCCGCGGCGCCCUUUCCUCCGCCACCAGCGCAGCCUCACGGAAUCUGCUUACAUCUUUCGCCGCCCCCCAGAGCCGAACGUCCCGGGCAGCUUCCAGGCUUCAGCGGCUCCCCCCAUCGGGCCGAAGCCCAGCACGGUCCCCCACCCAGCCUCGCCCCCCACCAGCACUCUGCCUGGUCACGGCGAAGCAGAGGCAGUGCCACCACUGUGCGCCCCUCCCUGCCUGCCCCCCGCAGCCCCCUCCUGUGCUUUGAACGGCACCCCUCCUGAGCCUGCCUCACCGCCCCACCUGCCCCCCUCCCCUGAAUCUGAACACUCUCCGGGAGAGGAGAGACCCCUUUUGACUCCUCUGGGGCCCUGCUCCCCUCCUGGGGAGGAAUUUCUGCCCCCCAGCCAUGCCCCAGAGGGGCAAAUGUCUCCCAGCCCAGCCCAGGGCACCAAUGGAAGGGCAAUGGACUGGGAGGAGCUGCCCAGCUCCACAGCGAAUUCUCCCCCAAGGGCUGGUCUAGGGGAGACAGCCCCCAAGAAAGGUGCUUCCCCAGGAGCUGCUCCAGGCCAGGCUGGGGCCGUGCACAGAGGGCCAGAGGGCGAGAGAUGCCCAGCGGGGCAAGGCAAGCGGCCCAACCAGGAGUGGCCAGCCUGACUGCCCGGCUUCUGCCCGCUCAGCAGAGCCGGGGGUCCCUGCUUGGAGAAGGUGCCUAAGGGAAGCCCCCACCUGCACCUGCCUGCCCACUUGGAGAAGGUGCCCUCGUGUCCCAGGACGGCCCCCACCUGCACCUGCCUGCCCACCUGUGGCCAGACCAGAGCAGCAGCUGGCUCACUGUACGUUCACACGGCUGGGUCCGUCUGCUACCAGGACUGUGAUCACAUAAACACGCAAUGUCUGAGCAAAUAAACCACUUUUUGGCUUAACGGAA